AUGCCAACGCUGUUAGACGGGAGAUAUUUGGACGUGGUCAUCGUCGGCGCAGGACUCGGAGGGAUAUGUGCUGCGGUCAACCUGCAGAAACAGUAUCCGCACGCAACGUUCGGCGUGUUCGAGAAACAUCACCGGAUAGGGGGCACCUGGGCGAAGAAUACAUACCCAGGAUUACGGUGCGAUAUACCUUCAAAGCUCUACUCAUACUCCUUCGCGCCUAAUCCUGACUGGUCGUCCACAUAUGCCUCGCAGCCCGAGAUCCUCGCCUAUAUUGAGCGUGUAGCCACCAGGCACCGUAUUCCAGAGCGCAUACACCUGCAGCAGGAAUGCCUUUCCGCCUGCUGGCGGGAGGACGAUUAUAUAUGGGAGGUUCAUUUCAAAGACUGUGCGUCGGGAACUCUCUACACGACAGAAUGUCGGGUUCUCAUCACGUCAAUUGGCUUUCUUGAUAUCCCACGCGGGCCCGAUGGUAUUAUCGGGUCUGCAGAAUUCCAGGGAAGCGUCUUCCACAGCGCAUCCUGGGACCACAAUGUCGAUUUUGAGGGACGAAAUGUUGUCGUGAUCGGCAACGGAUGCUCUGCAAACCAGUUUAUUCCGUGGCUACUCAAGCACACGGGGUUGUCGAAGUUGACACAGGUAGUCCGCAGCGCACACUGGAUUGCUCCGAAGACAGAUCGCAUUAUUGGACCAAAAGAGAAAUGGCUUUUAAGCCACAUCCCCUGGCUUCUAAAAACCCGUCGCUGGCUGCUUGCGGCAAAAUUUGACCUUGCCUUUGCGGCUUUUCGCAAGACCAUACUUGGCCGGUUCCUGCGCACCCAUCUGGAAGCGAGCUUUAAACGGUACAUGCAGCGAGCCGCACCUGCUAAGUACCACUCACUCCUGAUCCCUGCUUUUACCUUUGGCGCCAAACGUCCUGUGUUAGACCAUGGGUACCUGGGGAUCCUACACGAUUCCCGAGUGGAUUUAAGGCUGUCAGAAAGCAUUCGGGUGUCGGGCCCAUACUCAUUAGCAACGGAUGAUGGACAGGAAAUACCUGCAGAGAUCCUGAUUCUCGCAAACGGCUUUAGAACGCAGAGCCUAAUCACGCCAAUGAAGAUACAAGGGCGAGAUGGGUCCCUUAUAUCGGAUGCCUGGCACAAGGAUGGCAGGUAUCCGUCUGCGUAUAUGGGGGUAACAGUUCCCUCCUUUCCAAAUUUCUUUAUGAUAACGGGGCCAAAUACACUCCCCUCGGGCCACUCCACACUAUUCGGGAUCGAAUGUUCAGUCGAGUAUAUUAUGCGCGUGCUUCAACCGCUAUUUUCGCACGAUAAACGCGGUGGACGCAGAUGGAUCGAUGUACGCGCCGCGGCGCAUGAGGCGUAUAAUACCAACAUCCAGCACAGACUGGAUGGGUUGAUUUACUCAGCUGAUGUGCGCAAUUGGUACGUUGAUGCGCGAACAGGGAGGAAUACGCUUGUGUGGCCAGGAACGCAGACUGAGUUUUGGCUUACACGGUGUGUCUGGCCUGUGAGGUGGGAGGACUAUGCUGUCGGGUAUUGA